AUGAAGUCCAUCACUGCUUUCACAACACUCGUGGGCGUUGCUGCGGCCGAGUUCAACCCUCUGCACCACCUUGGUGCCAACAGUCCUUGGUUUGCCGGUCCCAACGUCUUUGGUAUCUCCAGCGAGGCCCCAGAGGGCUGCAAGGUUGACCAGGCUGUGUACAUCACGCGCCAUGGGAGCCGUUACCCCGAUCCUGGUGCCUACAAUGGCUGGGUUGAACUGCACAAGAAGUUUCAAGCGCACGAGUUCACAGCUUCGGGGUCGUUGGAAUUCCUGCCGAACUGGGAGCCAGUCCUGGAGGACCCGGCGCAACAGAUAGCGCAGGUGUCGCCGGGAGGCUAUGACGAGUUAUACCACUUUGGCGUCGAGCUGAGAACACGCUACCCAGGCUGGUACAAGUACGGCUCGCCCUUCCAUGUCUGGGCCAAUGACUACCAGAGGACCGUCGACUCGGCCAGACUCUUUGCUCGUGGCUAUGGAGGGCCCAACGCAACCGCACUGGGCACUGUCAAGCCCAUCGCGGCCAAGGACCCGUCCGCUGUGGGCAACUCACUGGCGACCUCUGACUCCUGUCCCACGUACAACGACCGCUCUGGUGCCGGGUACACAAACGUCUGGGACCAGAUCUACCUGCCCCCCAUCGCGGAGCGCCUCAACAAGCUGGUUGAAGGCGACCUGACUCUCACUGCGAACGAUGUGAGCAACUUCCCCUACCUCUGCGGAUUCGAGUCGCAGAUCAUGCGCCAGACCAGCCCCUUUUGUGGUGUAUUCACCGAGCAGGAGAUUAUGCAGUACGAAUACCGCCAGGAUCUCCGCUACUACUAUGGCACCGGUCCUGGAAGCUACCAAAACUCAUCCGUGAUGCUGCCGGUGCUCCAGGGUGUCAUUGACAUUCUCCAAUCUGGUCCCGAGACACCUCUCCAAGGCGCCGACAAUGGCGAGGACGUCGUGGGCAGGCUGACGGUCGCCUUCACCCACGACAACCAGAUCAAUCAACUGGCGUCUAGCCUCGGCGUCUUUGACCACCAGGCUCCUCUCUCUGCGGAUGCGAUGGACGAGGACCGCAUCUACGUGUCCAGCCGCAACAACCCCAUGCGCGGCACCGUUGCGUUUGAGCGCCUCAACUGCGACGGCACGCUGUACCUGCGUCUGCUGCUCAACGAUGCCGUGUACCCGGUCGCUGGCUGUGCGUGUGGCCCUGGUCGCUCAUGCCCAUUGGACAAGUACAACGAUAAGGUGCUGGCGGCCAAGUGGGAGGAGGCGGGUGCGUUUGAGGACUUCUGCAACCUGCCAGACGGGGCGGCGACAACGUCCAAGACGGGUGGUGUGACGUUCUUCACCGACAUGACUCUAGUGAAAUGCGCCCACAACUGCGACAGUGAUGUGAUCUGGUGCUCAUCAAAAUGCCACACUGGCGACUUGAAGCGACACAACUAUGAAUGCCGAUGGCUCAAGCACCAAGGCCAGAAAUGCCGUCGAGACGAGUCCAACUACAACUUUAUCACUCUAUGGCACGUCGUUCGACUGCUGGCGGGCUGGAACCUCGAGCUCCAGCCGGGCGUGGCAGCUAGUCGCCGCCCUCGAAACGACCGAUUUGCCUGGGGCUGGGAAGCCGUCCUGCAAUGCUGCCACUAUCUCGAGUCUUGGCCCGAGGAGCAGCUGAUGCAUUGGAAACGACUGGCGGAGACCUACUUGAUGGAUAAAGAGUGCUUGCCGAGUGCCCUCAAUCUCAGCGAAAUGGUUGCGCUGAUCUGCAAAGAAGAGACGAAUACCUUUGGGCUGUAUCCAACUGCGACAGGACCGCUGAGCGCAUCCGGGCAGCGUUUGUCAAGAGGCGAAUCCUACGGGCUCAGUCUCUAUCCGAGGGCUGCCAUGUUCAACCACUCGUGUGAGCCAAGUGUGGCGCAUGCUCCGGACACGCAUGGGUGCAUGGUAUAUACAGCGGCGCGAGACAUUGGCAAGGGCGAGGAGCUCACCAUCACGUACUUUGACCUCGCCGCGCGUAACACUGUGGCGAGUAGACAGGAGCAUGUGCGAGAGCAGUUUCGCUUCAAGUGCACGUGUGACAGGUGUGUCGAGGAAGAGGCCGCUGAUAAUCUAGCGGAGCUUGAUGCGCUGCCCCUCGGUGGGAUCGCGUGGUCAUAG